GAGGAAGAGAGUUGAAGAGUGUGGAUAUAACGUGUGCCACACCCGCCAAUCAGAACUCCCUAGGAAGAAAUCGCAAUCUCUCAAAUCAAACCCAUACACACAUAACCCUUUCUUUUGUAUCAACGCCAGAACACAAGACGCAGAGCAGAGUGAGAGAGGAGGGUCAAACUAAUUACUCACUCAAUUUUCCCUUUCUUUUUGCUACUGCCCCUCCUCUCUCUUUCAAUUUUCUCCACCUACCCACCACUUUGUUUCUCUCUUAAUUAUAGGGUUAGGGUUCUGACGCACCCAAUGGCCGUUUCAACAACUCUCUCCGGUGCCAAAUUGGAGGCUGUAUUGCUCCAAUGCUCUUCUUGUUCUUCUUCUUCAAGGGCAUCAUUCCCUGCUACCCAUUUAUCAGUUCUCCGCACAAACAGAAGGACCCUCUUUCAGAAAGGGGCUAUUCGCUGCGAUGUUCAAUCCUCUGAUGAAAUUCUUAAGAGGGAUGGUUCUAACACUCUCUCCGCUCUUGAGCAGCUCAAGACUUCUGCAGCUGAUAGGUAUACAAAGGAAAGGAGCAGCAUUGUUGUCAUUGGGCUCAGUGUGCACACUGCACCUGUGGAAAUGCGUGAAAAACUUGCCAUUCCUGAAGCAGAAUGUCCUAGAGCUAUAGAAGAGCUGUGUAGUCUUAAUCAUAUUGAAGAAGCAGCUGUUCUGAGCACCUGUAACCGAAUGGAGAUAUAUGUUGUUGCUCUGUCCCAACACCGUGGUGUAAAAGAAGUCAUGGAAUGGAUGUCAAAAACAAGUUCCAUCCCUGUUUCAGAGCUUUGUGAGCACCGGUUUUUACUGUACAACAAAGAUGCCACGCAUCAUAUUUUUGAAGUAUCAGCUGGUCUUGACUCUCUUGUUUUGGGAGAAGGUCAAAUCCUUGCUCAGGUUAAGCAAGUUGUCAAAGUUGCCCAGGGAGUUAGCGGCUUUGGGAGAUACAUAAGUGGGCUAUUCAAGCAUGCAAUUACUGUUGGGAAAAGGGUUAGAACUGAGACUAAUAUUGCUGCUGGGGCGGUUUCUGUGAGUUCAGCUGCUGUUGAAUUGGCCUUUAUGAAGCUACCUAAAGCCUCACAUGAUAACGCCAGGAUGUUGGUUAUUGGUGCUGGCAAGAUGGGAAAGCUUGUGAUCAAGCAUUUGGUGGCAAAAGGUUGGAAAAAGAUGGUUGUUGUCAAUAGAACUGAGGAGAGAGUUGCUGCGAUUCACGAAGAACUGAAGGAUGUUGAGAUAAUCUACAAACCCCUUUCAGAAAUGAUCACCUGUGCUGGUGAAGCAGAUGUAGUCUUCACCAGUACAGCAUCAGAAAACCCGUUAUUCUUGAAAGAUCAUGUGAAGGACCUUCCUCCUGUAAGUCAAGUUGUUGGAGGUCGUCGCUUUUUCAUUGACAUAUCUGUUCCUCGGAAUGUGGGUUCGUGUGUCUCAGAUCUUGAGUCUGUGCGAGUUUACAAUGUUGAUGACCUCAAAGAGGUUGUGGCUGCCAAUAAAGAGGAUCGCGUGCGAAAAGCAAUGGAAGCACAGGCAAUCAUUGCUGAAGAAUCUAAACGAUUUGAAGCAUGGAGGGAUACACUGGAAACUGUUCCAACUAUUAAGAAAUUGAAGAAUUAUGCUGACAGAAUCAGGGUUGCUGAGCUUGAGAAAUGCUUAGGUAAGAUGGGUGAUAAUAUAUCAAAUAAAACUAGGAAAGCUGUGGAUGAUCUUAGUCGGGGUAUUGUGAAUAAGUUGCUUCAUGGUCCAAUGCAACAUUUAAGGUGUGAUGGGAGUGACAGCCGGACUCUAAGUGAGACACUAGAGAACAUGCAUGCUUUAAAUAGGAUGUUCAACCUUGAGACUGAAAUAUCCGUUUUAGAGCAGAAAAUUCGAGCGAAGGUUGAAAAAAACCAGAAAUGAAAUCCGACACCAUACAUUCAUGAUACAGAUUUAUUUCCUUCAUCAGAAUAAGAGGAAACACACCCUUUUAGGAUUAAUAAUCAUGUUAUAUUUAGUUGCAUAGUUUAAACAGCUGGAAGUCUCCAUGGGGGAUCUUCAAUUGAUUGUUGUGUCUCUGCGUUCGCUUGGCCUAAGUCGUUUAUGUUUUUGGGUCAUGUUCUUCCGCAGCCAACUGGCUUUGUAUUAUAGAAAAUCAAGUGUUUGAUGAAUUUUGUAUUUACCACUAAUAAAAUUUUCCUAAAAUGUGUCCCCUGUAUCAGGAAUAUUAAUCGUAAGAAACAUUGAUAUCGCCGCUGUCCAAUUCUGUUUCUUCUAUACUAGAAGACAAGAUUGGUUUUGUAUGUUCCAAGUUUUUUUGGGUACUGGUUUAUUCCCACAUAUGGUUGCUCAUUUUAACUCUUC